AAGGGCGCCUCCGUAAGGGGGACUCAACUGGAGCGACCGAGCGGUGCCAGGCCAGGUGUGAGCGUCCGUCGGUCCUUCCGUGCCCACGCCGGAGACCAGCCCCGGAGGCCGCCUGGGCCCAUUCCUGAGCCCGGCACCAUGAAGCAGGAAUCCGCAGCCCCGAACACCCCGCCCCGCUCGCCGUCCCCUGAGCUCUCCGCUCAGCACCCCCGGGACGACGACGAUGCUCAAGCGCUGUGGAUUUUCGGGUACGGCUCCCUGGUGUGGAGGCCCGACUUCGCCUACAGCGACAGCCGUGUGGGCUUCGUGCGCGGCUACAGCCGCCGUUUCUGGCAGGGAGACACCUUCCAUCGGGGCAGCGACAAGAUGCCUGGCCGUGUGGUGACUCUCCUGGAAGAUCAUGAGGGCUGCACUUGGGGUGUGGCGUACCAGGUGCAAGGCGAGCAGGUGAGCGAGGCCCUGAAGUACCUGAAUGUGCGGGAGGCAGUGCUUGGCGGCUACGAUACCAAGGAGGUCACUUUCUAUCCUCAAGAUACCCCUGACCAACCACUCAAGGCAUUGGCCUAUGUGGCCACCCCACAGAACCCUGGCUACCUGGGCCCUGCGCCUGAGGAGGCCAUCGCUACGCAGAUCCUGGCCUGCCGAGGCUUCUCUGGCCACAACCUUGAGUACUUGCUGCGGCUGGCAGACUUCAUGCAGCUCUGUGGGCCUCAGGCACAGGAUGAGCACCUGGCAGCCAUUGUGGACGCUGUGGGCACCCUGCUGCCCUGCUUCUGCCCCACUGAGCAGGCUUUGGCACUGGUCUGAGGGGCUGAGCCCCUGCAGGGAGGGCCCAGGUGGAUAUCAGGGCCAGACAUCCACUCCAAUGCCCAAGACUGACUUAACACAGUUAGAGCCCACUGACAGGACAUGGUGGCUGGGGCUUCUCUUCCUAAGCCCCUGCCUAUGUGCAAGCCUCCAGCUCUCCUGUUCAACACUGACUUAACCACUUGAAACUUUAUUUAUUGCACCAUGUUGGUGUGGUGGGCAGGGUGGGGGGCCUGCCCUGGACGCAGGGGCCCUGCUGAGCAGUGGCCCCACCCCAGGCACCUGGAGCCUGGCCAGAUUCCCCCCAGUGCUGCUAACCCCACACCACCCAGCCCUCCACCUCUCCAGGGAGUCUCCAAGAGCCUUGAUCCUCUGCCCACCUCGACCGACCAUUCCAUAGUCCUGCAAACUCUACCUGCCAAAGGCCCUGGCAUGCCGGAUGAGGGCAGCGGAGAGUGAGGAGAGGGGCCCUACCAGGAAGGAGGCCCCUGUCAGCUCUGCUCCACCAAAUGCCCGGGGCAGAGCUUCAUCUGAUGCUUGGACACAACUGUUUACCCAUUUGGUUCUGUUUCCCUGUCCCUCUGUCUGCUGGUCUGUCUGGGCCACUCCUGUCUGUUCCUGGGAAGCUCAUCACUACAGGCCCUGGAACUUUCCCAGUCCGUUCCAUGCUAUUAUCCAUAAACCGGUCUCUUUCUGUGC